AUGUCGGCCAUUCAAGCGCUUUUUCCACGGCAAACCUCAUUCACGCCCGAUCCCAGUCUAUCCAAAGGAGAGCAGGUCCUCCAAUUGGUUGCUAACCCGUUUCAAGCUUCACUUCAAACCGGUGCCUUUUGGGCCUCCCUGGGAACCUCACUGGGACUCAGUACUGGCCUCGCUCUCCUAUUUUGCCUUAUCCGGCCACGGAACAAUGUCGUCUAUGCCCCAAGACUGAAAAAUGCAGACAAGGAUCACGCCCCGCCCCCGUUGGGGAAGGGGUUGUUCAGUUGGGUCGCACCGGUCAGAAAGGCAUCGGAGCCAUAUUUGAUGGAGAGGAUCGGCAUGGAUGCGGUUGUCUUCUUGCGCUUCACUCGAAUGCUGCGAAAUAUGUUCGUGGUUUUGGGCAUCAUGGGCAUUGUAGUCAUGAUUCCUGUUAACGUCACACAGGGGAACAAGGCAAUCACAAAGGGUCAAAACGCCUUUGCCAUCAUGACCCCCUUAUUCAUCUUCGGAGGUGGCUUGUGGGCGCAGGUGGUUGUGGCAUGGUUAAUUGACUUGGUGGUGAUAUACUUUCUAUGGCACAAUUACCGUCGGAUCCAUCACCUACGACGAGUGUACCUCGAAAGCCCCGAAUACCAGAGAAGUCUACACGCCCGGACGAUCUUGAUUCGAGACAUUCCGACCAAUCUCCGGAACAAUGAAGGCAUUGCCCGAAUCACUGAUGAGGUCAAUCCGACAGGCACUGCGCCAAGAACCACCGUUGGACGCAACGUGAAGGUACUACCAGAUCUGAUUGAAGAACACGAAGAGACCGUCAGGGAACUGGAGUCUAUUCUGGCGAAAUAUCUGAAAAAUCCGGAUCGGCUGCCACCUAACCGACCAAUGAUGAAGGCCCCCAGCAAAUACAGGGGUCAGACGACGAACGGCAAGGUCGAUGCCAUUGAAUAUCUCACAGAUCGCAUCCGGACCCUCGAGAUGGAAAUCAAUGAUAUUCGAGAGCGCGUGGACAAUCGCGAUGCCAUGUCCUACGGUUUUGCCAGCUGGGAACAGGUUUCCGAGGCACACACCGUCGCAUUCCAGGCACGAAACAAACAUCCUCACGGCACCAAGAUACGCUUAGCACCGAGGCCUAACGACCUUAUUUGGGACAAUCUCAAACUGUCUCGAGCUUCGCGGAAGCGCAAGCGGAUAAUGAAUGGCAUCUGGAUCGCCGUUCUGACGAUCAUCUGGACGCCCAUCAACGCUGGAAUAGCGAUCUUCCUCUCUAACCUGUCAAAUCUGGGUCUGGUUUGGCCAGCUUUCAAAACCCAGCUGGAAGCACAUCAUACGGGCUGGUCUAUCGUCCAGGGUAUUGCCGCCCCGGCCAUCACUUCCCUCGUUUAUCUCCUGCUUCCGAGCAUCUUUCGGCGACUUCAAGUCCGUGCUGGUGAUGUGACCAAGACGGAUCGAGAUCGACACGUCUUUCGGAACUUGUACGCCUUUUUCACUUUGAACAACUUAAUCGUAUUCUCCAUCUUUUCGGCAAUCUGGCAGUACGUGACGAUUGUGAUCCAGUACAACAAACAGAGCAACGAUCUGUGGACCGCUCUCAGACAAGGUCAAUUCUUCCUUGUCAUCACGACCACACUCUGCCAGAUCUCACCUUUCUGGGUUACGUGGAUCCUUCAGCGAACUCUCGGCGCCGCUACCGAUCUGGCCCAGCUGUGGCAGUUGACCUACACCUGGUUUGCAAGAACAUUCAUGGCCCCAACUCCCCGGCAGAACAUCGAGUGGACCGCACCUCCAACCUUUGACUAUGCCAGUUAUUACAAUUAUUUUCUUUUCUACACCACGGUGGCCCUUUGCUAUUCUACGCUCCAGCCGAUUGUGCUUGUUGUUACCGCAUUAUAUUUUGUGAUCGACGCAUUUUUGAAGAAAUACCUUCUCAUGUAUGUGUUUGUUACCAAGACCGAGUCUGGCGGUCAAUUCUGGACGACCAUGUUCAACCGGAUCAUAUUUGCCACGAUUCUUUCCAAUGUUGUUAUCGGUGUGGUCGUCAAAGCCAGAGGACAAUGGACCCUCGUUGCGGCGAUCGCGCCACUGAUUGUCAUCAUGCUUGCCUUCAAGUGGUAUUGCAUGAAGACUUUUGAUCUGGACCUGAAGUACUACUCUCGAGGUGGUAUGCACGAUCAAGAACGUCUUGCGGUAGACGGCAAAUCGAGGGAUCCUGAGAAGGUUUCAUCCAAAUUCGGGCAUCCAGCCCUGUACCAACCUCUCAUGACGCCGAUGGUCCAUGCCAAGGCCAAGCAUGUUCUUGCCGAGAUAUAUCGUGGCCGACUACAGUCCGACGGCGGACAACCCAUGGAAUUCCCGGACAUAGCCAUGCAGCCUAUGACCCAGACGGGCAAGCCACCUCAGGACGUUCCUUUUGAAUUUGUCCCUGAGGCUCAACAAGACUUCCAGUUUUACAAAAACCGCGAGGACUUCCGUGAAGAGGCGGGCGACAUGCUUUCCUCCUCGCGAAGCCAGACGCCGGCCUCGUCAUUUGUCGGUGUGAAGGACACUUCGCCAUCAAGUUCUCGGGACACGAGCCCUGCGCCUCAGGCGAUAACGCAACACCAAACACACAUCCAUCGCAAGGACUUUGACCAAUCUCAUGUUCCGAGCCAGUUUAGACACGGCCCUGCUGCUCCUUUCGAGGGCCCCACCAGUGGAGGCCUAGGACCACAUCAGGGUCCAUACACGGAUCCCUAUGACGAUAGGAUGAACUUGCUAGGUAGUGCGGGCGAUGUCAGAACACCGAACGGCGAGUUCAUCUCCAUGGACCGUUGGCGGACUCCCGUGGCGAGUCGAGAUGGAAGCGAAACCGAAGGUUAUCGGGAUACGACUCCAGGGGAAGAGCUGAACACGAAUUAUGAUUACUUCCGAGGCCGACGGUGA